ACCGCCACUCUUCGCGCCGCCGCAGCCCCCAAACCCUCAUCCUCCGUCACUCUCCGGAGCACCCCACCCUUUCCUCACCCAGCCAUGGCGGAGCGCGGCGGUGAGCGUGGCGGCGAGCGCGGAGGGUUCGGCCGUGGCUUCGGGCGCGGUGGACGCGGCGACCGUGGCGGGCGCCGCGGCGGCCGUCGUGGCCCGCGUCAGGAGGAAGAGAAGUGGGUACCCGUCACCAAGCUCGGCCGCCUCGUCAAGGAGAGCAAGAUCAACAAGAUCGAGGAGAUCUACCUCCACUCGCUCCCCGUCAAGGAGCACCAGAUCAUCGAGACCCUCGUCCCGGGGCUCAAGGAUGAGGUCAUGAAGAUCACUCCAGUCCAGAAGCAGACCCGCGCCGGGCAGCGCACCCGCUUCAAGGCCUUCGUCGUCGUCGGCGAUGGCGACGGUCACGUCGGCCUGGGAGUCAAGUGCGCCAAGGAGGUGGCCACAGCCAUCCGCGGCGCCAUCAUCCUCGCCAAGCUCUCUGUCGUCCCCGUCAGGAGGGGUUACUGGGGUAACAAGAUCGGGCAGCCGCACACAGUGCCCUGCAAGGUCACCGGCAAGUGUGGCUCCGUCACCGUGCGCAUGGUGCCCGCACCCAGGGGUUCUGGCAUCGUCGCCGCGCGUGUGCCCAAGAAGGUGCUGCAGUUCGCUGGCAUUGAGGAUGUCUUCACCUCGUCCCGUGGCUCCACUAAGACCCUUGGAAACUUCGUCAAGGCAACCUUUGACUGCUUGAUGAAGACCUAUGGCUUCCUUACACCUGAAUUCUGGACUCAGACCAAGUUCUCCAUGGCUCCGUUCCAGCAGUUCACGGACCUCCUGGGAAAGCCCACCAAGGGUCUUGUGCUUGAGGCCCCAACUGAGACAGCAGAGGCUUAGGAUGGUUGAGUGAAGAGCUCUACUCCGUUGGGAGUUGUCUAAAUGCACUUUCUAUAUUAUAGUUAAGAACUGUGGGAGUCAACUUAGGUUUCUGUUUUGCCCUGGAUGUUGUUCUUUACUGUCAAGUUUUGGAUUGUGGUACUUACUAUGGUACUCUCUAUCAGUGAAUGCUACAUAAUUAUCUCAUGAUAGUCUUUUCACGGUGAAGGCCUUUGGAGGCUGAACUUGAGGCACUGAAGGCUGAGGCCGUUAUGGUGCUUGACUGCCUACUGUUCCAUUAUAA